UACAGUUCACGUUGCUCUACAGUUUUACGAUUGACGCAUGUCCAGUUGAAAACCUCUCAAAUAUUUAUUCGAAAGUUUUCCAUUUGAAAACUUGAAAAUGGCAGCAAAGGCUGCAGAAAAACCAGUAGUGGAGGUUGAGACUGAAGAUGAUAAAGAAUUACAAAGUGAAUUGAAAUUGCUGGUUGACCGGAUUAUGGACAAGGAUGAAAAAUUGGUGGGCCCUGCCUUGGAAAUGCUGAAGUAUAUUAUCCGAACCUCCACCACUUCUAUGACGUCAGUUCCGAAACCUUUGAAGUAUAUGGCCAUUUAUUAUCUCUCACUGAAAGAACUACACAAAAACAUGCAUGAUGGUCCAAAUAAGAAACAUUUGGCAGAUGUUAUUUCUAUCUUAGCUCUUGGAACUGCUGGUGGUGAUGUCGCCAGGAAACAACACGAUUGCCUGAAUUAUUGUUUAGCAGGAACCAUGACCAACAUCGGUGACUGGGGCCACGAAUACAUCCGACAGUUAGAAAACGAAAUCGUUCAAACCUGGGGAAACGAGAAGACCAACAAGACCUUGAUGCCCCUCAUCAUGGACAUCAUGACAUUCAACUGCCACCACCACGCCGAAAUACAAGGCUGCGAUCUACUGAUGGAGAUAGACCAACUGCAUCUCCUUCCUCAGUACAUCACCGAAGAAACGUACGAUAGGAUGUGCCUGUAUCUGACUUCUUGCACCAAAUACGUGGACGUGCUUGAGGCCAGUAAAAUAAUGAGCUUGGUGGUCGAGCAGUACAUGAAGUUCGAAAUUUACUCAAGGGCUCUCAUAAUAGCGCUGCAGUCGGAUAACAAAGACAUGGUGAAGAACAUAUUCAAGGCGUGUAAGGAUAAGGCAACCUUGUACCAAUUAGCGUUCAUCUGCGGCCGUCAUCUGUAUCAAAUUGAAAUAGAUCCGGACGAUGAGCUGAGUGAUGAGCUGACUGCUAUCCUGGGGAAUAAUCAUCUCAGUUCGAAUUUUUUAACGUUUGCCAGGGAGCUCGACAUCAUGGACCCAAAGACUCCCGAGGACGUCUACAAGAUAUGGCUGGAACCCGCCACCCCUUACUUCAGCAUUCUUGGCGACAACAUAGACAGUGCCAGACAGAAUCUUGCCUCCUCCUUCGUCAACGGCUUCGUGAACGCAGGUUUCGGCUGCGACAAACUCCUCACCACAGACACAAGUAGUAAGUGGAUCUAUCGGAACAAGGACCACGGGAUGCUGAGUGCGGCAGCCUCGCUGGGGAUGCUACACCUCUGGGACGUGGACGGCGGUCUGACGCCAAUAGAUAAGUAUUUGUACAGCACCGAGGACUACAUAAAGUCUGGAGCCUUGCUGGCUCUGGGUAUAGUGAAUUGUAGGGUGAAAAACGAAUGCGAUCCUGCGUUGGCGCUGUUGUCCGAUUACGUGAACCACGAGAACGCUGUCUACCAGACCGGAGCAGUGUUUGGUAUUGGACUAGCUUACGUCGGAACCGCUCGUGAGGACGUGCUAGAUCUACUAUCUCCCAUCGUUCAAGGCACACAGUCCGUCGAGGUUCUCGGUAUCGCUAGUCUCUCCUGCGGUCUCAUAGCUCUUGGUCGCAGUAACCACAACGUCAUAACCACCAUACUCUUCAAAAUAAUUGAGGCCAACAAUACGGAACAGCUGAGAUCACCUUUCAUGCGGCUAGCAGGACUAGGUGUGGCCCUUUGCUACAUGGGGUGCAAGGAAAGCAUUGAAGUGCCCUACGCGGCCAUGGACGUUUUCGAAGAACCGUUCAAGACCAUGGUUCAGACUAUGUUGAAGAUGUGUGCGUAUGCCGGUACAGGUGAUGUCUUGAUCGUACAGGAAUUGCUGAGGAUCGUCGAGGAAAAGAUCACGUGCAAGGACGAGAAGGCAAGGGAUAAAGUAAAGAAAGACCCGGCACACAAGAAGAAGGAUAGGAAGAACAAUUUGGAUUGGGAUUACUGCAUGGGUCAGGCUAUAGCUGUUCUGGCCGUUGCUGCUGUAUCAAAGGGGGAAGAAAUCGGUGCUGAAAUGGUGCAGAGAAUAUUUGGCCACAUAGGCCGUUAUGGAGAACCGAUAGUCCGAAAGGCUGUACCCCUAGCUAUAGCCUUGACCUCCGUGUCGAACCCUCAGUUAUCCGUGAUCGACAUACUCACGAAAUACUCGCACGAUUCCGAGGAUGACGUGGCAUGCAACGCCAUUUUCGGAUUGGGUUUCGUUGGAGCUGGAACAAACAACGCUAGACUGGCAGCUUGCCUGAGACAGCUGGCGGUCUAUCAUACCAAAAACCCGUCGCAGCUCUUCAUGGUGAGGCUAUCUCAGGGAUUGCUACACUUGGGUAAAGGUACCAUGACAUUGAGCCCGCUGCAUACCGACAGACAGCUGGUGGAUCCAGUAGCAAUGGCUGGACUCUUAAUUCCUCUUGUGGCCCUUGUCGAUCCUCAUUCCUUGAUUCUUGGAAAAGCGCACUAUCUGCUGUACACGCUGGUCACGGCUAUCCAACCUAGAUGGCUCUUGACACUCGGAGAAGACCUGCAACCGUUGAGCGUAACGGUGAGGGUGGGCCAAGCAGUCGACAUAGUUGGUAAGGCAGGUACGCCGAAAACGAUUGCAGGAAUCCAUACGCACACCACACCGGUUCUGCUGGCAGCAGGAGAAAGGGCCGAGCUCGUCAAUGAAGAUUACGUCGUUUACUCGCCUACCCUGGACGGAGUUUGCGUGCUGAAGAAAUGCUAAGUUACUUGUUCAUUUGUUGUUGAUUUGAUCUUGGUUUCGAAGAGCAUCACUAUAAUUUUUUAUCAUUGACAAAUUA